GAACCCUGGAUUAAAAUGCACAAAUUUCCCAUCUCAAAUACCCGAAACAAGUUCAUAGCCGUUGGAUGUGACACCUUUGCUGUUAUUGGGGGUUCCGUGGGACGAAACUAUACCACGGGUUGCUUGUCACUAUGCGAUAGCAUCAACAAUGUGAUCAACGGCUCUUGCUCUGGCAUUGGCUGCUGUCAGAUAAGUAUCCCCAAUGGAGUGAGGAAUUUCCAGUUCAGAGUCAAAAGCUUUGAGAACCAUACCCGUGUAUGGGACUUCAAUCCCUGCAGCUAUGCUUUUGUAGCUGAGGAAACUACUUAUAACUUCUCUUCUACAGAUCUUGCUGACUUACAGGGAAGAAGAAGGGUUCCGGUGGUAUUUGAUUGGGCGGUAGGAGACCAAACAUGUGAUGAUCAUGCUGCCGGAAAGAAUCUAACAAGUUUUGCUUUCAAGGAUAACAGCGACUGUGAAGACUUUGACAAUGGUCCCGGGUAUCGCUGCAAAUGCUCUAAGGGAUAUGAAGGGAACCCUUAUAUUCCUAAUGGUUGUCAAGAUAUUGAUGAGUGCGCUAUUUCAAGCCCCUGUAACAUGACAUGCCUCAAUUUACCAGGCACAUACAAUUGUUCUUGUGCAGUGGGCUACGAAGGUGAUGGCAAAAAAAAUGGAUCAGGUUGCAGUCGAAUUGCUGUUCCCAACAAACUUCCCUUGAUUAUUUAUAUUUCCUUAGGUAGGUACACGUACACCCACACAUGCUAUUCAUCAUAAAAUUGUCUACAUAUUAAAUUUUCUAUCAAAAUUCAACCGAUCAAUGCUUGUGAUUUUGACUCUAUCUCCAGUUUAGAGUUUACAGUCCCCAAUUAUUGAUGCACUGAUCAGAAACAAUUGGAAGAUGAUAUAUCUCCAGUUUCCUUGCAUCUUUCUUUCAGCAACCUAACGUUUCACUACUGGAA